AUGGCACUGGUUUCGACAGGGUCCAGUAAAACAGUGCAGUACCACUUCAUCAAUGAAACCCUGACUUGGUAUGAGGCUCAGAGGUUUUGCAAAAUAAAAUACACUGACCUGGCAACCAUAAACAACAUGGAUGAAGAAAAUCAGCUGGUCAGUACACUGGACAGUCAAGCGACCGCCACAUGGAUCGGACUUUACAACGGAAAGAACAACAGGUGGCUGUGGUCUGAUGGGAGCGGCAUGGCGAGCUUCACCAAAUGGAGCUCUGGUCAGCCAGACAACUAUGGUGGCAUAGAGUCGUGUGCAGAGAUGUAUGACAACAGCUUCUGGAAUGAUGAUUCAUGUGACGUAACCAAAGCUUAUGUGUGUUAUGAAAUUCAGCAGGAUGGCAGCAAGAAGUAUGUGGUUUACACACAGGUACAAACCUGGCAGAGCAGUCAAGAUCUGUGCAGGCAGAAGCACACUGAUCUGGCAUGUGUGCUUACAGACAAGGAAAAUGCAGCGAUUGCUGCAGUUACCAACAGAGUGUGGUUGGGUCUGUUUAAAGACUCCUGGGCUUGGUCAGAUGGAACAAAGACCUCCUUCAGGUACUGGAAAAGAGGCGGAAGUUAUAGUGGAAACUGUGCUUCUGUGGAAGGAUCACAGACGGGACGCUGGAUACCAGCUGACUGUAACCAGAAAGCAACAUUUAUCUGUCAAGGAGAUGCCAAAGUAAAAAAGAUGGUCAUAAGGAUGAAGGUGAAGUCUGAUGUGGAUCUCAUGGACUCCACUGCCUCCAGUCAACUCCUAAUGAAGAAGGAUACGACUAAAGCUGAAGAAUGGGCGAGAAAGGCGAUUGAAAGAGCUCCAAACAACUCUUACAUGGCUGACACUCUGGCACAAGUUUAUAAGAAACGCUUGAUUAAUCCCGUUGAGGAUAUAUUUAAAAAGGCCUUCCAAGCAUUUAAAGAUGUGGAGAAGAAAGCUGAGAAUGAAGCGCUCUCAGAGACAAUGGAGGCGGCUGAGGGUGAAAGCAGGUCUGAUACCUUCAACAACAGAGGCCGCUUUGGUUUCAUUCAAGUGGCAAAGUUAGCUUUUGGUAAACUCAAUGACUGCUCUGCAGAUAUUUAUCCAGAUAUAAAAACAAAAGUUGAAGAGGAGUUCAACUUUUUUGAAUGGUAUCUAACCUACUCCAAACCUGGCAUUAGUAUCUUGGAGCCAUAUUACUUCUGGAAGGAUGUUGCACUCUGUUAUGAGCACUACACAAACAGAAGAGCAGCAGACUCCACCAGCUUUCCAGGCCUCCUUGAUUUGCUGAACCACGGUCUUUUCAUGUCAAAGGGAAGACGUGCUAGAUUUAAGGAACCUGAAAUAACUCUUUCUGAUUUAGAAUCAAUUCAAGAAUGUCUGAAGGCUGCAUACGAGGAAAAUGUUGAAGAUAUCAAACUAGCAGAGAGCUACAUCCUCUCCAACAUCCUCUUAAGCAACAAGAAGCCAGAUUCUCCAAACCUCAGCCCAGUGAAUGAACUCAAAAACAUCAUUCACACAUUCUUGGAAGGAGAAGAAGGAAAUAGAAGACCUGAGUUUUAUCUUUUGGUGCUGAUGUUGUUUUGGCCUGAAAAUCAGCUUCAGGUGCCACAAAACAAGAACGAUGAAGAAGUCGCACAAAAGGCCACAGAGGACAGUAAGUCAGCAGACUCAGCCUGGGAGGACAAGGACACUGAUGAGGAACGAGACAAAGAACCUGGGGAACCUGCACAGCUUCCUGUUGACCUCAUGUUUGACAUCAACCUGCAACAGUAUGUCACAUUCAUGGAGAAAGCAUUUAAGAAAGCCGACUAUGCCAAGUACCUGCGAGGACGUUACUUGUUGCCAUUGUUUUUUCUGGGAAAAGGCUCUGGACUGAGCAAAUGGAUCCACAGAUCCAUGCUGGAUGCAAUAGUGGAGGAGAAGGUAGAUGCUGAGUUAAAGUAUAAACAAAAUAAAAAGGAGAAGAUGAGGCGGAUCAAUCAUCUGUGGCUCAGAGGGAAAGUGUGGCACAUUACAGAUAUCAGAGAUAUCCUACUUCCGGUUCAGAUCGAGCCACAUUCUUCUGCAGAGUCACAGGAGCUUGAAGAACAGGAAGUGUGUGUUUGUGUAGGAGACCAGAAAAUAAAGGCAAGAACAGAAGCUCAACCACCUGAAGCAACGCUGCCAACAAGGCUGUUCUACUUGGGCUUCACCAUUCAGGGUCCUGUUGUCUUUGAAGUUGGAGUCCUUAACUCUGAGAGUGACCGUCAGUGA